AAAGCAACAACAACAGCGAAAAAGAAAGAAAGAAAGAAGAGAAAAACAACAGCGGCCAAAUUAGCUGGAGGCAGCAACAAAAUUUAUUAUAUGUACAAAAGUGCCACAAUAGUGAAGCACACGCACACGCAUACCAAAUCGCUCAUAUGCUCUCACCUACAGCUGUGUGUGUGUGUGUGUGUACAUGAAUGUAUGUAGGCGGCUCUGUUGCUGGUAAAAUUCCACUGUGAAAGGAAGUUAUUGUUGCUGCCGUUGCUGCUGUUGAGUGUCGUGUCGAGUGUGUGUGUGUCUGUGCGUACGAGUAUUAAUAAAACCAAUAAAAGUUGAUAAAAAUAAAUAUUUUAUAAAAGCAGAAAACGUGUAAACGGCCCGUGUGCCGAGCAGCAGUAAUCACGUUUUUCGACAUUUAUUCAUUGUUGCUUUUUGCCUUUUUUGUUUUGCGUGGAACUCUUUGCAUCGCCGCGAGUGACAGACAGACCGAACGCGAGAGAGUGUCUGAGAGAGUGACUGUCUGAGAGAGAGAGAGAGAGAGAGAGAGGCCACAGUGGAUGCUCCAACAAGUGCACUUUUUAAUUGCUGCCUGCGUCCCCCAAAAAUAGAUGUAGAGCUGCUGCUGCCAAGUACAAAAAGGAGAAACUGACUUUAUCGCUGCCUCGUUAUCGCCAGCACACACAGAAAGAGACGAGCAAACAAAAGGCUAACCUAUCCGCUGAUAAGACCCUGACAGUGCCCACAGUCCAGUACCAGUACCAGUACCAAUACCUACCCGCCCGCUGUACAGACUUAUCGGUAGCAUUCGUUCCAACAUAAAUAAAUGCAAUAAUAGCUCGGGAAUGUUAUGCUAUAUCUAAGACAGCAACAACGCAAGUGCAAGGAGUAUUGGAUAUUCUUGGAGAGACGUGCAACAAAAGUGUGAUACCAAAUUGUACCUAAAUAACUGUAAAAGUAGCGGCCAAUCCUUGUGUAACAACCCACCAAAAGGAGUGACAGAGCGAAAGAGAGAGAGAGAGCGCUGUGCUUCGCCGUAGAUUCGCCAAAUUCGCCGCCACCGUCGACAACCUGUUUGCUCAGCCAUAAUUCGCCCUCCUCCCCACACGGCAUUUAUCUUGGUAUUUGUACAAUUAUUUCUGCAUUGACGUAAGGAGCGCACCCCACCUUCCACCAUUCCACCGCAACUGCAAGCCACGUUGACGCAGCAGCAGUCGCAGCAGCAGUCCAGGACAGCAGAGUUAGCAGACGCAGCCGAGGCAGAGGGCGCAGCAGCAGUAGGAGCAGCAGGAGGAGGAAGAGGAAGGUGCAGGAGCCGCCACAGCAGCAUGGAGCCCUAUUGGAACGAGGCGAACGGACAUGCCGCACAUCCGGUUAAGUAUGAGAGCGAAGCAGCUGUCUCCAGUUUUCCUUAUUGCACAGAAUCUAGUUUAAAUUUUUCCACCUCUGCGACGGCAUACAGCGAGGACGAUGCUGAAUAUGCCACAGGAAGACGUAAUAAAACAUCGAGGCAAGACCCACUAUCUCACCGUAUUAUCGAGAAGCGUCGCCGCGAUCGCAUGAACUCCUGCCUGGCGGACCUCUCACGCCUCAUCCCGCCGCAGUACCAGCGCAAAGGCCGCGGCCGCAUCGAGAAGACGGAGAUCAUCGAGAUGGCCAUCAGGCACCUGAAGCAUCUGCAGAGCGAGUGCCUGCAGAAGGAGAGCGACUACCGCAGUGGGUACAUGGACUGCAUGAAGGAGGCGGCCAAGUUCCUCUACGACGUCCACAUGCAGGACUUUUGCCACCGUCUGUUGGGUCGCCUGCAGGAGCACAUCGAUGACAUGUUCAAGACCGAGUGCUACAAGUCCACGCGCACCUGCCACAUGCCGGACAAUGUGAGCGCCUCCAGCGGCAGCCCCCAUCAGGCGUACCAUCCGCCACUUUGCCACCUGCGUGACAUGCUGGGGGCCUCGGAUGUGGAGCACAGCCAGGAUCACAACGAUGUCAAGGAUCUGAGCUUCCGCAAUCAUCUCAAUCAGCUGCAGCGGAACCAGCAGGCAGCAGCCGCAGCCGCCGCCGCUGUGGCUGCCAAUGGCAGCGGAAGCUCCUCCAGCUCCACCACCCUCGAGGUCGCCAGCAAGCUGCCCAUGACCAAUGGCAGUGGCAGUGGCAGUGGCAAUGCCAAUGGCGACAAUGUUCCCACCAAUUCCACGGGCUCUCUGCCCGGUGCAGGCAGCAGCAGCAAUGCGGCCAGCUCCACCACCUGCCCCAGCACGGUCACCUGUCCCACGACCACGUCCGCAUCGGUGGCUCAGAAGGUGGCACCGCCCAUGGCUGCCCAUCAGCAGCAGCAGCUGCCACAUCAGGCGGCAGUGAUCACGUCGACGGCACCGCACCACCACACGGACAGCAGCCACCACGACUUUGACUCGUCGCGGGAGCCCAUCCUCCACACGGACACCUCCAACAUGCACUCGCCACCGCCGCGGGACCUGCUGCUGCAGCAGCUUCCGCAUCUGGGGCACAACCACACACAGGACAGCCUGAUGUCGGUGCGCAUGCGCAACUACUCGGAGUCGUCGCACGAGGUGGAGCACAACAACAACUACAAGUACAAGAACCACAUCAAGGAGCGCUUCGUCCACGAACUGCAUGACGAGGAGACGAGCAGCGAGCACUGCCCGGUGACGGCCCACCUCCAGAGCGACCACUCGCACAUGCAGGCCCACUCCGAUCACUCCAAGGACGGCACCGAGCCAGAAAUAGCUCCCAUCAUGGCCAAGAAGCGCAAGAUGGCCGAGGCGGCAGCGGCGGCAGCAGCCAACGGGGAUGUCCACUCCCUCGACGUGCACUGCGAGGCCAGCAAUCCGAAUCCGCCCCGUCAGCUGCUAAUGUUGCGCGAGGACAGCAAGCCCUCGCCCUCCUUCAAUUUCAGCGACAUCAAGGACAUCAAGUCGGAGCUGCACAACAGCAACUCCAACUCCAGCCCGCUGCUGGCCAAGCUCAGCGCUGCCGCCGCCGCCGGAGCCCAGCUAAGCACUCCGAGCAGCACCACCACCUCGCUGGCGCCACGGCACUCCUUCACCGUGCCCAUCUUCGCACUGCACGGCCAGGGCAACUACUACGUGCCCCUCAACGUCGACUACAACGCCCUGGUGCCGUUCCUCAAUGGCAUGGAUCUGCUCGAGAAGAGCUACUCGAGCAUGCCGGUGGUGCAUCCCAUCAACAUCAAUGUCAACUUCAUGCCCAGCUCCCCGUCGGCCUCCCUGCUGGCGGCCGCUGCAGCCGCAGCUGCCGUUGCAGCUGGCAAGCAACAGCAGGCAGUGGUGGCCGCAUCCGCAGGUGGUCCACUGUCCUCCGUGGUGGGGGCCAACUCGACGGCUGCCCAGGUGGCAGCUGUGGCCGCAGCGGCCGUGGCCAAGGCCAAGCUGGAGCAGGCCAUGAACAGCAGCUGGUAAGGGGCAGGCGGUGGAUUAGCAGAUGGAAUAACUACCUCAGUACUUCUGUGAAUAAUCAUCAAAUGAUUAAUCUCAAAUCAAACAAACAAAAACCAAGCGACAUCUGCGCCAAGGAGAGAACACUAGAGGAUAGAGGAAAAUGCGAAUUCAGAUUUAUUAUUUUUGGAUUAGAUCGGAACAGCCUCAAAGGCUGCGCAGACAAGAUCGAGUUGCAAAAGGGGAGAAAAUUAUAGGAAAUAGUUUUGAACAAAGCUAAGAAGCAAGACAAAAAUUCAGCAUAAAUAAAUGUCUAUUAUAAUGCAUAGAAAUCUUAAAGUAACAUAAAAAGAAACAGAAAGAAAUGUGUACAAUGUGUACCAAACCGUACUAAAUAUAAAUAUAAAAUAUGAUGCCAAGAGUCAGUCCCACGUAAAAGAUCUAAUGGAUUUUAAAAAAGAAUAACAAAAAAAAAAC